AUGACUUCCCAAGCUACUCUAGCUGAAGCACGAGAUAGCUGUGAAAUAGAUGACCGCAGCUUCCAUACGCACUUACAGCGUGCAGCUGAUGACCCCACCGGGGCACCUGAUUUUCUGCCCGAAGAGGCCGGCGAUAACUUCACUCCUUUCAAUGUAGGAAAUCGUGACUUUUACAUUAAUAUGCUACCGCCAACACCACUCGAAUUAUCCCAGCUUUUCGUACCUAUUUCCCUUAUCCAGAGCUGGAUUAAAUACACUAACGCCUGGGUCGCUCAUCUCAUCGAAAACGGCGUUAUUGACAACUGGAAUACACCCCUAAAGCCCGGGUCAAGGAUACUCAAAUGGGAGGGCAUCUUCACCGCAACAACGGAAUCUUCAGUCAAAAGUCACUGGAAGGCCGGCCUCGCCUGGCUCUACAUCUUCAAUUGGUACCCUGGUCAUUACAGCAAAGAGGAGAAGCGACUUCUCAGAAAGCUGGAUCGCACCAUUCUGCCCCUUAUUUGUUCCAUGUACUUUAUCAAGUGGCUUGACCAGUCCAAUAUUAACAAUGCCUAUAAUUCGGGUAUGAAAGAAGAGCUGAAUCUCGAAGGCAUGGAAUACAACUUAUUCUCUACCUUCUACAACAUUGGCUAUUUGGUGAUGGAAAUCCCCUGCAUGCUGCUCAUUGCUCGCCCUAAAUAUGCUCGUUGGGUUCUGCCUAUCUGCGAGACUCUCUGGUCUAUCAUCACCUUUGUUCAAUGCCGUAACAACAGCGCACCGAUGAUCUAUGGCAUGCGAUUCCUCAUGGGGCUGUUUGAAACCCCAGCCGCUACUGGUUCCCUAUACGUUCUGUCCUCUUGGUAUCGUUCUGAUGAAGUUUUUAAGCGUGCUGGGGUCUGGUAUGUUUCGAGCAAUAUCGGUGCCAUGGUCGGUGGGUACAUGCAAGCUGCCGCUCUCGCUGGUCUCGACGGAAAGGGAGGUAUGGCUGGCUGGCGCUGGGUCUUUAUUAUUGAUGGCAUCAUUUCCCUGCCAAUUGCCAUUGCCGGUUUCUUUCUCUAUCCAGGUGUGCCCACGAGCCCUCGUGUCUGGUGGCUCAGUGAAGACGAUCAACAGCUUGCUCAGGCACGUAUGCAAGACGAUGGGAUGAGAAAGAGCAAAAAGAUUGGCAAGAAGAUGCUGAAGCGUGUCUUCCGGAAGUGGCACUUUUACAUCGCUGUCUGCACCUAUGUCUGCUUUCAACUAACUACCUGGGUUGCUGGCCAGAUGAUUGUCUGGGUAAAAUCAACGGGCCAAUACUCUGUGGAGAUGAUCAACAUUCUGCCAACGGGAGUCCAAGCUCUAGCCAUUGUCGUAGGCAUCACUGUGCCUUCUUUUGUCAUGGUUUAUCCAAUCUGGGUGCCUUUCUGCUUUGCAGGAACUGUCCUCCUAUUCUGUCACUCGACUCUUUUAGUCUGGAACAUUCCCCUCGGAUUGCACUUCGCUGCAUACUUCCUCCUAGGUAUGAGUUCUUGUAUCACCCCCAUGCUUUUCCCAUGGGUGCACCUGAUUAUGAAGGACGACAACGAAGCAAGAAGCUUUACUACCGGCGCCAUGAUGACUGUUGGCUGGGCCUUUUUUACCUGGUACAACGUUGUCGCGUUCCCCAUCACUCAAGGUCCGCGUUGGACCAAGGGUUUCUCAGCAAAUGUCGCUCUCACCUGCUGUUAUUUGACUCUAUUCAUGAUUGGCCAAUUUCUCUGGAGACGGGACAUCAAAGCUGGUCUGUACAAGAGAGCUAUUGAAGAAGAGGAGAAUGAGAAGGCAGUGAAUGCGAAGCUUGGCCCAGACGGUUUGGACGACAAGGUUACUGAUCAUCAAGUCAGGCCGACCCACAUUGAGGACAAGAACGCCGAGGAUGAGAGGAUCAAGGAGAUCAAAUAA